AUGUACAUUUGUCGGAGUUCGACUUCAAACACCCAAAAUCCAACUUCCUAUACCGCCCAAACAUUGCCCAGUAUGCCUCCAAAGAGGCCUCGAACCGACCCGACCCCGACAGACCUUCCGAUCCCGCCCCCUGCCAAGAAAACCCGCACGCGCCGCGACGCGGUCGACCGUAUUUCAUUGCUCUCCGACGAGCUUCUUGUGCGGGUACUCUCCUUCCUGUCGGUCCCGCACCUCCUCUCGGUAUCGCUCGUCUCCCACCGCCUGGGUCGCCUGGCAUGCGACUCGCAGCUCUGGAAAGUGCUCUACUAUGCGCGCUUCGUGCUGCCGCGCGCCAUGCGCAUCCCCGGAUUCGACAAGGUCUCAACCAACAACCAGCUGCACUACGCCGGGCGGAGGACGCUGUGGGCUGAUGGGCGGAGGGGCGGCAUAGUGGAUGUUGCGGGCGUGAGGCAGAAGCAAGAGCACGGGAAGGCGGGGCGUACCAGUGCCAUGCCACGGAACGAAGGGCCAGGCCUGGACGAUGCCGUGACGGUGGAGCGCGUUGAUUGGAAGAGACAGUUCAAGAUUCGGCAUAACUGGUCUCGUGGCAAGUGUGCCGUCGAGGAGCUAAGCCUGGGCGAGAGCGGUCACGACGAAAAUACAAAGCGCAAGAUGCUGGUCAAGGUUGUUGAAGGGAUCGCAAUCACAGCAGACGACCGUUUUGGGCUACGCGCCUGGGAUCUUAAGACGAGGAGAAUAAUGAUCCGCGCACCCUUUUCAUCAUCUGCAGGUGAUGACAGCGACAUCAACCAAGCUGCCGCGAGGACACCCACCUGCAUCGCUGUGGACGACCAAGGACCUGACAUUAAGACGCUGCAUGUUGCUGUUGGAUUUCAGGAUGGCAGCUUUGGGAUAUGGAUGCUGGAAACCACUAACAAUUCCAACGCUACCUUUGAGCCACAAUAUCUGCAUGAACAGUCGAGCAACGGGUCCCUGAUCUCAAUGGCAUACUCGCAUCCCUAUCUGCUUACGGCGAACAAAGGCAUUACCAUCUCCCUCUAUACCUUUGGAGGACCAAGCCAUCUGGCUCCAUCCGUUUCCACCACAAAUCAGACUAAAUGGAAGCCACCGUAUCUCCUCACAUCACUCAAGUCCCACACUUCAACGCCGCCAUUGGCACUCUCCAUUAGACAAGCAGGAACAACGACGAUUGCUUCCAUCGCGUACACCUUCAGCACCGUGCAGGGAUGGUCCAUCGGCAUGCAGGACUUACAUGUCAAAGCAUCCUCACCCUCACAAACACCAGAAAUCACAGCUACCCGCUUGGCUUACACAGCUCCAAUGUCUACUGGUAGUCCACGACGUCGUGUCCCACUGCGCCGGCCUGGGAUAGCCUUGUCAGAUGAUGACGACGAUACAGAAGAACAGACUUCGCCUACACGUAGGACACAAACGCCACCAGCCGACGACAGUGAUGGCCCCAAGACCCUCUGUUACACGCAUCCCUACCUUCUAGCAACACUACCCGACAACACUCUCCUCCUUCACCUAUGCACUACAACCUCGACAUCACUGUCCAUAUCAUCCGGGAUCAGACUGUGGGGACAUACUUCGGGCAUCUCGGAUGCCGAGAUCACAUCGCGUGGCCGUGCUGUUAGUGUGAGCCAGCGCGGCGAUGAGAUGCGCGUCUGGGAGCUGGAAGGUGGCGCAAGGCAACGCCGUGUUGGUGACCAUCGCAGCAUCGAGAUUCGCCCGACUAAAAAAGACGACAGAGGCGCUGACGACGGCGCCGAUGCUGCGUGGGAGGAGCGGAGGGAUUGGGUAGGCUUUGACGACGAGAUGGUCAUCGUACUCAAGGAGAGGCUGGGUGGCGGCGAUAGCUUGAUGGUAUACGAUUUCACCUGAACGCCAAGGAAAUUACUGUUUACACUUGGUGGUUGACUAUUGCAACCGGACACGGAGGGUUUCCAGAACCUCCGGGCUCUGCCCACGGUCGCACACAUGCAACGGCAACAGUAUGGGGCCGAUCGGCCUCGAUCCGAGUAACGUCGUUGUGUGGAACAACAUCGAGAUCUCAUACGCCUCAAGCUGUCGGCUGGAGUCACGGUAACUUACAGCGCUGCGCCGCGAUCCGCCAUGAUAGACGAAUAUGAUGGCACAUGUCGGACCCGAAUUGCCUUUCCGCCCCGCGACAAGCCGAAAGGCAGGCACCUGGGGCUCAAGAUUCACAUGCAAGACCGGGCCCAGCAUCGGAACGCCUGCGGGAUUUUCCGCAGCGAAUGGUAAACGAAGACGGCGAAUGGGGAAAAUUCCGAUUCUAUGAGUACCGCGAUGUCGACAAUCACAUGCUAUCCGAAACAAUACGAGUGCCGCAGACCAAAGCGAGGGUGACACGAGCAGCGCAAGCUUUGGAUGCGUAAUUCGUUUGGCCCUUGGCGUGACAGCUCCAGGUACCAUGCUACAGAUGCCGAAAAAGCAAAAACUCAAUCGGAUAGCUAUUCGUACAGAGCUCAUUCGGAUGUGCCGAGGAUCAUUUCGAGGAUAGAACCAGGGGAAGCUAGGUUUAGAGCUGUUUUGAAAGGUUGAUGUUUUUGAUUCCCGGGACCAUCCCAACGGGCUUUUCCGUCCCACUGUUCGGGGGCCGUCUGUGAUAUCGUCGGAAAAAAUCCGAUAAAAAACGCCCUGUAACACCUGUUAGGUAAUUCGGAUAAGACAACCGAACCCAGAUUCUCACAUUGUACUGUGUUGCUGCCUCAAUGACGUAGGGCAAGUAGCCAGAACAACCCUUGAGUUUGGCAUCUCAAACCCAGCAACCCUCGCCUGACUAGAUGAGACCAAAUGGUGUUGGGCCGCUGUUGAGUGCCUGUCCUAUGCAUGAAAAUGGGGGUUAAUGAACGUAAACAUCAUCUUGCGAGGUCUGAAAUUUUGCAGAGUUAGCGCGGAGGGACAAGGGCAAAACCCCAUCAACGCACAAUGUGCCUGCUGAUACCUUGAUAGAAAAUGAGCAAGAACCAAAUGCAAAAGUACAUGCAACAAAAAAUAGCAUGUGCUCCCGCCCCCAACCGAAAAAAAAAGUAACCCCUGUCGCCUAGCGGAUCACCAACCACCACGGCAACCCCUGCAAACGCACCCAAGGGCGCAAACAAGCAUCGACUGACCCCCC